AUGGUCAGACAGUGGAAGGUCAGUGGUUACUUGGAUGAUUGUACCUGUGAUGUUGAAACCAUUGAUAAAUUUAAUAACUACAGGCUUUUCCCAAGACUACAAAAACUUCUUGAAAGUGACUACUUUAGAUAUUACAAGGUAAACCUGAAGAGGCCCUGUCCUUUCUGGAAAGAUAUCAGCCAGUGUGGAAGAAGAGACUGUGCCGUCAAGCCUUGUCAAUCUGAUGAAGUUCCUGAUGGAAUUAAAUCUGCAAGCUACAAGUAUUCUGAAGAAGGCAAUGAUCUCAUUGAAGAAUGUGAACAGGCUGAACGACUUGGAGCUGUGGAUGAGUCUCUGAGUGAGGAAACGCAGAAGGCCGUUCUUCAGUGGACCAAGCAUGAUGAUUCCUCAGACAACUUCUGUGAAGCUGAUGACAUACAGUCUCCUGAUGCUGAGUACGUAGAUUUGCUCCUUAAUCCUGAGCGCUACACGGGUUACAAGGGACCAGAUGCUUGGAGGAUAUGGAAUGUCAUCUAUGAAGAAAACUGUUUUAAGCCACAGACAAUUAAAAGACCUUUAAAUCCUUUGGCUUCCAGUCAAGGGAAAAGUGAAGAGAACACAUUUUACAGCUGGCUAGAAGGUCUCUGUGUAGAAAAAAGAGCCUUCUACAGACUGAUAUCUGGCCUACAUGCAAGCAUUAAUGUGCACUUGAGCGCACGGUAUCUUCUACAAGAUACCUGGUUAGAACAGAUAUGGGGACACAACGUAACAGAAUUUCAGCAGCGGUUUGAUGGAAUUUUGACUGAGGGAGAAGGUCCAAGAAGACUUAAGAAUUUGUAUUUUCUCUACUUAAUAGAAUUAAAGGCUUUAUCUAAAGUGGUACCAUUCUUUGAGCGUCCAGAUUUUCAACUCUUCACUGGGAAUAAAGUUCAGGAUGCAGAUAACAAAAUAUUACUUCUGGAAAUACUUCAUGAAAUCAAGUCAUUUCCUUUGCAUUUUGAUGAGAAUUCGUUUUUUGCUGGGGAUAAAAAAGAAGCAAACAAACUAAAGGAGGAAUUUCGACUGCAUUUUAGAAAUAUUUCAAGAAUCAUGGAUUGUGUUGGUUGUUUUAAAUGUAGACUGUGGGGAAAGCUUCAGACUCAGGGUUUGGGUACUGCUCUGAAGAUCUUGUUUUCUGAGAAACUGAUAGCAAAUAUGCCAGAAAGUGGGCCCAGUUACGAAUUCCAACUGACCAGACAAGAAAUAGUAUCAUUAUUUAAUGCAUUUGGAAGAAUUUCUACAAGUGUGAAAGAAUUAGAAAACUUCAGGAACUUGUUGCAAAAUGUUCGUUAAAGAAAAUGAGUUGAGAUGUGCCUGUUCUGGACAAUGGAGGUCAAAGAGUAGAAUUUCAUUCAAAGGCAUAACAACGACAGUCUUAAGGCAAAUAUUUUAUAAAGCUGCUUUUGUAAAAGGAGAAUUAUAUUAUUUUAAGUAAACAUUUUUUAAAAUUGUGUUGUCUAUGUAUAAUAUUGUGAAUAAAAGAUACUUUGGUAAUGUGGUACAAAUUUUAAAGUUUAAUAUUGAAUAAAUCAGGAUUAUUAAAUUCA